AUGGUUCAUCCAAUCACCUGCCAGGUGAGCAGUGCAGAGGAUCCUGAGUGCAGACGCUUGGAAGUCAGAGGAUAUAAUUCCUCCAUGGCCAAAGUAGCUCCAUUGGACCCGUCCCCCAGCUCCCGGAUAACUCCGCCCACCAUCGUUCUAUCAGACAUGGAGGAGGAGCCAGACGAAGUUCGGCAGGGGGGCAGAGCCGAUCAAAGAGCCGGACCAGGAAUUCUGUUCAACGCCAACAACAGCAACAACAAUGAAGAAGAGAAGGAGAAGCAGGAGAAAAGGGAGAGGAAGGAGAAGAAGAAGAAGGAGAAAGAGGAGAAGGAAAAGGAGAAAGAAGCAAAAGAGAAAGAAAAAGAGAAGGAGAAGAAGGCCAAAGAAGAGGCUGCGAAGGAGAUCACAGUGAUUGACCCGGCAGGUAAUACCUACUACCACUGGCUGGCUGUUAUCACCAUCCCCGUAAUGUACAACUGGACCCUGAUCAUAGCCAGGGCGUGUUUCGAGGAGCUGCAGUCAGACUAUUUGAUGCAAUGGUUCCUUGUGGACUUGUUCAGUGACGCGAUCUACAUCGCCGACAUGAUCUUCAGAACAAGGACCGGUUACCUGGAGCAGGGUCUGCUGGUGAAGGACGAGCAGAAGCUGCGAGAUCGUUACAUGAAGAGCUUCCAGUUCAAGCUGGACCUGGUCUCCAUGGUUCCCACAGACAUGCUGUACCUCGUCUUUGGCACGAAGUACCCCGAAAUCCGCCUCAACAAGCUGUUUAGGUUCAACAGGAUGCUGGAGUUCUUCCAGAGGACGGAGACCAGGACGAAUUACCCCAACGCCCUCCGUAUCUCCAACCUCGUCAUGUACAUCGUCAUCAUCAUCCACUGGAACGCCUGCCUCUACUACUCCUUCUCCAAGGCUAUCGGUUUUGGUGCGGACAGGUUUGUCUAUCCUGACCCAUCAGAUCCGGAGUUUGGUCGCCUGAUCAGAAAGUACGCCUACAGUAUGUACUGGUCCACGCUGACGCUCACCACCAUUGGAGAGACUCCCCCCCCCCAGGAAAACUCAGAAUACAUCUUUGUCGUCGCUGACUUCCUGGUGGGUGUGUUGAUCUUUGCCACCAUCGUCGGUAACGUUGGUUCGAUGAUCACCAACAUGAACGCUGCCAGAGCAAGCUUCCAGGCUCGCAUCGACGCCAUCAAACAAUACAUGAGCUUCCGUAAGGUGACUAAGGACCUCGAGAAGCGAGUGAUCAAAUGGUUUGACUUCCUGUGGACCAAUAAGAAAGCAGUGGAUGAGAGGGAGGUGUUGAAGUUCCUGCCUGACAAAUUGAGAGCCGAGAUCGCCAUCAACGUCCACCUGGACACCCUGAAGAAGGUUCGGAUCUUUGCGGACUGCGAGGCCGGUCUGCUGGUGGAGCUGGUGCUGAAGCUGCAGCCUCAGGUCUACAGUCCAGGAGACUACAUCUGUAAGAAGGGCGACAUUGGCAGAGAGAUGUACAUCAUCAAGGAGGGGAAACUGGCGGUGGUCGCUGACGACGGCAUCAAGCAGUUUGUCGUCCUGAGCGACGGAAGCUACUUCGGAGAGAUCAGCAUCCUGGCCAUUAAAGGAAGUAAGGCAGGAAACAGGAGGACGGCAAACAUCAGGAGCAUCGGGUACUCGGACCUCUUCUGUCUGUCCAAAGACGACCUGAUGCAGGCGCUGACCGAGUACCCGGACGCCAAGGCCCUGCUGGAGGAGAAGGGGAGGCAGAUCCUGAUGAAGGACGGGCUGCUGGACCUGGAGGUGGCGGCGCAGGGCCCCGACCCCAAAGAGAUCGAGGAGAAGGUGGACCGGAUGACGAGCAUGCUGGAUGCCCUCCAGACGCGCUACGCCCGCCUGCUGGCCGAGCACGACGCCACGCACAGCAAGCUGAAGCACCGCGUGACCCGGCUGGAGAAGAAGCUGACGCCGGCCCCAGGCGACGCCCCGCCCCCGCCCACGCCUGAGAAACACCUGGAGGAGGAGAAGAAGUAGGAGGAGGAACAGCAGGAGGACUGGGAUGGUUUUAUAUCACAGCCUAGAGAGUCAUGGAACCGAAUUGAAAGAAUGGUUAUGAUUAUAUUUUAAUUGUUAAAUAAUAAGCACAACUUCCGUUCACCUGGAUAGUUUUAUGUCACUGCAUGUUUCUGGUAAAAACAUAAAUCUAUGUAACAAACACAUUUAAUUGUGCUUGACGUUUAUCCUUUCGUCUCGCUUCACCUGCUUUAAACCAGUAGAGGUCAAAGGUCCCUGUAGCUUGAUGCUCUACAAAGACAAUGUUUGCCUUUUCCUGUAUGUCAAGUCAAUUUUAUUUAUUAUGUGUAAUCAUGUAUUUUCUGCCAGGGCCCGUCCGGCCAAUCACAUCACUGCUUUGUGUAAGAAGUCGUUAAAGCUAAUUAGAGGAAACUAAUGAAAUUGAAUGAAUUGUGGAAACACUGCGCUGAAAUAAAGAUAUUUUAUAAGGAAACACA